AUGGCUUGUUGUAAAACCCGACCAAAAACUUUCACCCGUCCCCCUGAUGGUGGCUGGGGAUGGUUUGUGGUGGCAGGCAGUCUGGUGACGCGACUACUGAUAUAUGGAAACCUCUCUCUAGCUGGGGUUAUCAUCAGUUCACUGCAAUCAUCUAUGCCUUCUACUUCUGCUGUUGAUAUUGUAUUGGUCACCUCUAUAUAUUUUGGUCUAAUGUUUUUUGUAUGUCCAAUUGGGAUCUAUUUCAACGACAGAUAUGGUACAAGACCUGUAAUGAUUAUUGGCUCUGCUUUAUCAACUAUUGGAUUGUUUCUGAGUUUCUUUGCUUUCAAUAUUUAUCAUCUUUGUAUAUCAUACGGUGUCUUAACAGGAAUUGGACAUGGGUUCUUGAUAGCCACGAAUUUAGUGAUGCUCGCAAGAUACUUUGAAAAACAGUUUGCUCUUGCAACUGGAAUCGCAUGCACCGGAGCUGGUUUGGGAUACUUUCUGUUUCCACCAAUGACCCAGAUUUUUGUAGAUAACUAUGGCUUGUAUGGAGCGUUCUUAAUAUUAUCAGCGAUCAACUCUCAUGCAUUUGCAUGUGCACUUGUUAUGCGUCCCAUCAAUAUAACUUGCCAAGACCAGGAAAAACAAAACACCGACGUCUCAACUGACCGUUGCUGUAAAACAAUUAUCAAAGGCCUGGGGUUUCAAUUGCUGUGUACAAAUCAUAAUUUUGCCUUGUUGAUGAUGGCUGCUUUUAUUGUGGACAUAAGUUAUUUGAUUUCGCUGACACUAAUUAUACCUCAUGCAAUUGACACUGGGGUUGCAGCACUGAAAGCCUCUUUCUUAGUUACAGCCAUGGGUAUUGCGAGUCUGUCAACUAGGCUGGUACAAGGUUGGUUUGUGGACAAAGGAUAUAUUCGACCAAUCUAUCUGCUACCAAUAGUUUUACUUAUUAUGGGAGCAGCACAACUUUCAAUUGCCUUAAUAUCGAUAUUCCCAGCGAUGGUUGUUUCGUGUGUCCUUCUUGGAGCUUGUGAUGGAAUUUACAUUCCUGCAUUAUUUGUGGGCAUGAAAGACAUUGUGGGGGCCACCAAUUAUUCACGUGGAAAUGGGAUUGCGUUACUUGCUAUGGGAAUUGCUGGUAUAAUUGGAACACAGGCUGGAGGUUGGAUAUUUGACAGCACAGGCAGUUUCCAGAUAAUAUUUUACUUGGCUGCCAUCUGUAGUCUCGUGAGCGCUGUAUUAUUUUGUGCCACAGCUGCCAGGGUGCGUAAACAAGAUGCGUAUGCAGUGGAAACAAUCUAAAAGUAGUCGAGAUGUUGGCAUAUCGUGCGAUGGUGAAACGAGAAGACUGCCAGGAUUGAUAAACAGACAAAAAACAUAUAUACUUGUACAGAUGCAAAAUGUGCGCAGAAACAAUAAAAACUUUGUAAUAGCGGGGAAUGUGCACAGCAUGGU